GCCGGAGGGAGGGAGUAAUACGGAGUCACCUAAGUGGAAGAGAAGAAACUGAUUCCUUUGAUCCCAUUCCAAUUGCUAUGACUAGGCCGAUUGUUCUCGCGCUGAUCUUUCUGCUUCAGCUCUCCAUAUGCUCCAUCGCCGUCGCUUCCAGGACUAGUGAUGCGUAUUCUAUAAACGGACGUGUGAAAAUACCAGGCUUUAACUUGAAAGGAUCUGGUCUGCUGGCUAAAGCAUCAGAUGUUAAGGUGGUACUUAAUGGUGGCAAAAGAGUUACUUUUCUGAGACCCGAUGGAUACUUUUCAUUCCAUAAUGUAACAGCUGGGACGCAUCUAAUUGAAGUGGACGCAAUAGGCUAUUUCUUCUCUCCAGUUCGAGUUGAUGUUAGUGCCAGAAACCCAGGUAAGGUUCAAGCAGCACUGACAGAGAAUAGAAGAAGUCUUACUGAGCUCAUUUUGGAGCCACUAAGGGAGGAACAAUACUAUGAGGUUAGGGAACCAUUCUCCAUCAUGUCAUUAGUCAAAAGCCCGAUGGGUCUGAUGGUUGGAUUCAUGCUGCUUGUUGUGUUUGUUAUGCCUAAAUUGGUAGAAAAUAUGGAUCCCGAGGAAAUGAGACGCGCUCAAGAGGAAAUGAGAAGCCAAGGAGUUCCGACCCUUUCAAGUUUACUGCCCGGGGCACAGAGGAGCACCUAAAGGACGGGGGGUAGAGCAUGAAAGCUUCCCGUUUCUUGAAACGAAGAAUGGGUACCGAUCUCAACCAUUAGAAUUUCCAAUUUUCCUUUUUUCAUUCAUCAUCACAUAGUUGCAGUAUCUAGACUUUUUCAUAAUGUUAACAUAUAAUAUACCGACUUUACCUCUUCCUUUUUUGAAUGCUUGCUGAUUUAUGGGCCUGUGUGGGUGUUUAAACUCAUCACUGGAGAAGCAGUCUUCGUAAUGGUCCGUAAUCCUUCCUGUAUUCUCUUUUUUUAAUCCUCAUAGCCGGUCAAUGAUCUUUCUCCCCUUGAAGAAGACUGUUUUAAAGGAUUGAUUGUUUCAUAUAGCCGAGAAUGAAUAUGGCAGGAGCAUUGCAGGGACGACAUAAGUGUGUUUCCUUUUUUGGAAUAGAAAACUCCCUCCAUUCCUUUUUAACUACUCGGUAUAUAUGUAAAAUUGUGCAAUGAAUUAAAACAAAAUUUAUAUCAAAUUAUUGCACCUAAAUAGGUCUCAACAAAGCUCUGGCCGUGAUUUUCUCUCUCUAGCGGUGCGCCACUGGAAGUUGUUCUUCAAAGGAAUGUCCGUGAGACCGUCACCAUUAGUCUGACAUUGCUUGUGAUUUUGUGGAUCAUUCUUGCUUUUUCUUUGUGCGUUUGAAUCACCAAUAGCAGUAUUUCAAGAAUUUGAGCCCUUUGCUACUAUGGAAGGUCAAUUUUGGGUAGAUUCUAGAGAAAUCUGUUCGAGGUUUCACUGUUCAU